AGUCUAGUCGGUGGUGUGCGCCUAAAACUCAUAUUCACUCUGUAACAAAGAUCACUUAGAAACCCUAACAACGCAGAAUCCGUUGUUACAAUGACGAAGAGAAAGUUUGCGAUGGAACAAGAUCAGAUGGCCUGCAAUAACGGAAGGACAUGGAAGAGAGAGCAUUUGCUUGGAAAAGGAGGUUUUGGGUCUGUCUAUUUAGCCAAACUGAAGAGACCCGAAUCGAAGAGUCAAAUAUAUCCUUCGGUUAUGGCAGUGAAAUCAGCAGAGCUUUCCGAGUCAAGUUCACUGCAGCAAGAGAAGGAGGUUUUCAACAAUAUUUACGGUUGCCCAUUUAUUCUUCAAUGUUACGGUGAAGAAACUACUUUCAACAGGCAUUGUCAGAGGUUUUACAAUAUUUUAUUAGAGUAUGCUUCUGGUGGAACUCUAGCUAAUCUUAUCGAGCGAUCCGAUGCUCGUGGGCUGCCUGAGUCUGAUGUUAGGAGAUAUACAAGGUGUAUUCUUGAAGGAAUACGUUAUAUUCAUAGCCGUGGUUACGUACAUUGUGACUUGAAACCUGAGAAUGUGCUUCUUGUCUCUACGGAGAACGGUGACUUUGUGCCUAAGAUUGCGGAUUUUGGGUUGGCCAAGAAAGUUGUGAAGAAGAGGAAAGUCGCAGAUUCUACUGCUGGCGGGACUACCAUGUACAUGGCUCCUGAGACUGUGGUUGAUAAUGUCCAAGACUUUCCUUGUGAUAUUUGGGCUCUUGGUUGCAUUGUUUUUGAGAUGUUCACUGGGUCUCCGCUUUGGUAUGAUUCUGAUACUACAUCUGAUGAACUUAUAAAAUCUAUUGGCGAUAGACAUGAAUUGCCUGAAAUCCCUUAUGAUAUUCCAGAAGAUGGGAGAGCUUUCUUGAAAAAGUGUUUAGUGAAGAAUCCUAUGUUUAGAUUAACCGCUGACAUGCUAUUAAAUGAACCCUUCGUAUCAGGAUUAAGGGACAACAAAUGCAGCGACAUUGCUGAAAAUUCGGUUGAAGGCCAGAGGAGAUCUUGCGAUUCAAGUCGUUCUAAAGAUUUAGAAUUUAUAUCCAAAGAGGAUUAUACUUCCUCUUCUGUACCAUAUGGUCGGCUGCUCCGUGUUGUUCGUACUCAGGGAAGACAGUUUAAGCAACCGGCUCGUGUCUGCUAA